AGUCUGACUUCACGCCCCAGGGGCGUUUAGUUAUGAAAAGGGAUGGAACGAGAACUAGAGAAAGAUGCCCUCACAACUGUUGAGACGAAAAAUCCAAGGAUUGUUAACGUAUUUACACUUAAACAACAUUGCCGUUCAGUGGUUGGGAUUCUUCUUGCGUUACUAUCUGCUUUAUCACUGGUUAUGGUGAACGUAUUUGCAAAACUCUGCCUUUUUCUCCCUCCUUUUGAAAUUGGAAUUAUAAGAUAUGUGAUUCAACUUGUAUUGACAAUACCACCUGUUAUUCACGCAAAUCAUUCUCUUGUUGUUUGUCCGCCAAAACACAUUGUACUUCUUGCUUUGAGGCCAUUAUUGGGAGCAAGCGGAAUGUUUACACGAGUAUACGCUGUUCAAAACAUGCCUUUGGGGGAUGCUACCGUGUUAAUCUUCACGUCCCCAGUGUUUACAGCCAUAUUCGGAAGGAUAUUCUUGAAGGAGCGUUUACAUUGGAUCUAUUCGAUUCUUCUUGUAUUAUGCUUGGCUGGAGUAACUCUGAUUGCACGACCAACAUUCAUCUUUGGACAUCCAGACAGUGCUCCUGAGUAUGAUAACGUGUUGAUACCCUCUCUUGUUGCUUUACUGUGUGCUGUAUUGACAGCUCUUGAUAUUGUAGGUGCUAGAGUACUUCUAGAAACGUUCAAAAUUCCAUCUAGUUUAGUACUAUUGUACUUUGGUUUGGUUGGACUUGUUUAUUCAAUUCUUGGCUCCUACUUUGACAGAGGAUUCCAGUUUCCAUUUUGUCAAAGUACAGAUUAUUUGUUUGCUUUAUGUGUGGGGAUCUUUGCAUCUCUCUCUCAAUUAUUCCUGAAUAUGGCGCUUAAAUGUGAAAAAGCCUUCGUUGUUGCACUCGCGAGGAGUUCGGGCAUAGUGUUUGGGUUCGUCUUUCAAAUAAUUAUUUAUUCCCUUGUUCCUAGUUCUUUAAGCUUUGGUGGUGCAUCAUUGAUAAUAUCAUGCAAUCUUUUCAUUUUUAUUUUGAAGUGGUAUCAUCAAAACAUAAAUCAAUUGUAAAUCAUUAAAUGAUGACAAAAAAGAUCGCUCAGCACUGAAAAGAGGUUGAACAUUCGGAACGACGAGUAUUAGAGCGGAUUUGGUAUGAGGAAAAAAACACGGUAUUUUCGUGCUGUGACCCGCGUACCGUGCAGUAGCGGUAUUUUCAUUUGGAAUCCUAGAAGGCGAGUUUCCGUGCCGUGACAUGUCCGUGUUGUGAUCCGUGCCGUUGCACAGUCAUACGAAAUCUGCUCUAUUCCAUAUUCUGCUGCUCUCAAUGAGAAAUUAAUGUUAUUUCCACUUAAUGAUUUUCAAGUAGUCCUUACUCUUCCUUCUAGCAAAUCGAGAAUUCCAAAUACUUCUCUAAAAUAAAAUACUUUAUUCCGUACUCCGGAUUCCGCUUCAACCCCCGAAGAAGGCCAAUCAUUUUCAUACCUGUCUAUCAGUGUUAAUUCAAGCUGGAGUGCGGCUGACCUGGGGCUACAAUUUAGUAUAAAGGAUUAAUGUCUACUAGAAUUUUCCACUGCUUUUUAGUCGGACUAGCCGAAGGCGGUCCGACUUUAAAUUUACCU